UUUUUCUAUUACAUUAUUCACCAGUCUUAUUGUAUGCAAAUAGCCUCCUGACAGUAAUAUGCGACAGUCAGCAAUCAGGUGUAAUUUUCUUGUCAUCUAGUUAUCACGGGGAAAUAUUUAUGAUAGGUUCAGAGCAGCCAUUUUAGUUCAUUCUCUAAAUGCGACCAUGAACUUAACAGCAUACAGUGUUCUCACCAUACUCUCAACAGCGGAAAUCAAUCUCAUUAGAGAUGUCUUUAAACAUAAGAAUUUGCAUUUUGGAACAGUAUUUCAUUGUUCAAAACCAGAAAAUGCUAUUUGUCUGCAAAAACAUCUAAAGAAAAUUGACCUCCGAUUUACAACUAUCAUGAUGCAUAAUGCUUCACAUCUCAAACAAACAAAUGAUAGCAGAGUUGGGAUAGUUCUAAAAACAUCCUGCGAAAACUGGACACAAGUCUUUGAGCAUUUCGAUUUGAACUUAUUCAAAAAAUCUCUAUACUCAUGGCUUAUUUUUACCGACGACGUAUCUUCUACUACCGAAGCCUUAUCCAGAUAUCCAAUAGAAGUAGAUUCUGAUGUUACCAUAUUAUCUCAACAAGGAAAUUCCUAUGGUAUUUUCGAAGUUUACAAUACUGGGUAUUUCACCAACGGUCGUUACCAUGUCGAGCUAGUUGGCUACUGGUAUUAUAAAUUGCGAAUGAAUGGGCACAGAAGAACGAAUCUGGAUGGCAUUGUGUUGAGAAGUGCGGUGGUGGUGACGCACAGCAUUGGCCAUCAGACGUUUGACGAGUACGUCAGCCGCUUGCAGCCCGAGGUAGACUCAUUGCAUAAGCUGAAAUAUUUCACGCUUUUGAAUUACUUGAGAGAAAUGUACAACUUCAGCUUGAUAGUCCAACGGACGAACUCCUGGGGCUACGUGACCAACGGCAGCUUCGAUGGCAUGGUGGGCACCCUGCAGAGAGGGGAGACCGACGUCGGUGGCACACCAGUCUUCAUCCGGGCCGACCGCGCCAAGUUCAUACACUACGUCACUGCGACCUGGCCUUCUAAACCAUGCUUCAUAUUUCGUCACCCAAAACACCCCGGCGGUUUCUUGACCAUCUACACCCGCCCGCUCUCCUACAACGUAUGGCUCUGCAUCAUAGCACUCCUGGUGUUUGCUGGCUCGCUCCUGUGCGUGCUGAUAAAGCUGAGGGUGACAAGGACGGCAGGAGAUGAUGGGGACUUAUCGGCGAGUCUGGCGCUGCUGUCGAUUUGGAGUGCGGUGUGUCAACAGGGAAUGACCGUAAACCUUCACGCGAGCUCCGUACGCCUCGUGCUGUUCUCGUCUUUCCUGUUCUCGCUGUUCGUGUACCAGUACUACAACGCGCUGGUGGUGUCAACCCUGCUGCGAGCGCCGCCUGUCACCAUCCGCUCGCUGGAAGACCUGCUCAGGAGCAAGCUGAAGGCGGGCGUUGAAGAUGUGCUUUACAACAAGGAUUAUUUCAGGCGCACCACCGACCCCAUAGCAUUGAAGCUGUACUCUCGCAAGAUCGCCUCCUCCCCUCGCCCCAACUUCCUCCCCCCUGACCGCGGCAUGGCGUUGGUCAAGCAAGGGGGCUACGCUUACCACGCCGACACCGCCUUCUCUUACCCUAUCAUCAGGCGGACGUUCACCGAGCGGGAGAUCUGCGAGCUACAGGAGGUGGAGCUGUUCCCGCCGCAGACCAUGUUUGCUGUCAUGAAGAAGGGCUCGCCGUAUAUCAAGCAUUUCAGUUAUGGGAUCCGCAAGAUGGCCGAAUCUGGUCUGAUGCAGCGCCUGAAAACCAUCUGGGACGAGCCGAAGCCGCUCUGCGUACGAACUCCUGACUCCAGCAUAUUCAGCGUCUCUCUCCGUGAGUUCACGACGCCAUUGCUGCUGCUGUGUCUGGGCGUGCUCGCGGCGACGGUAGUGUUCAUGGCUGAACUCGUGGUCUAUAGGCUGCAGUGUAAGAGGAUACAGUUUAGACACUAAGCGCGGCUUUACGUUAUAUUUCGCU